CAAGACCACCUUAGUAUUCACGAGCUCCGAGAGGAACAGAAGACUGGGCGGUCGCCAUCCUUCAGCUUUUGCUGCCCAAAUGCCGAUGAGGCUUUUCUUGCCGCGUUUUUGAUGCUAGCUCCUCUGAGCAACGUCAAGACCGCCUUGCUCGUAGAACCUGUUGUCUCAGGGACCUUACCUUGGGGCAACAUCUUGCUUUCGCUAUCUGCCGUAGAGGAGCUGGGUUUCGAAUAUGAAACCUUCCCCAAUCUCGGCGUAAACACAGUCCCAGACUCCCAAGUCGCCUCUGGAGACAAGACCGAGCCCGCGUUGCCUUUCAGUCUGAAGAGCGUACACGCAUGGGAGCGCCACCAUCUACAUUCGGUGCUGCCUCCUGCAGAGUUGCAUUCGCUUUCGAUGCUUCAUCAUGCAGUGCGAACGCUUAUGACUCGCAGCCAGCCAGCGUCUUCAAGGUUCGGAUCGGUGCAGGACGUAGCGAUACAACGCCAUACCCUCGACUUCCACGAGCACGACGAUGGAGUUUGUCGGUGUGAAGAUCGCAUCUUCUUUAACACUCACCCGGAGGCCUGGCAUGCGUAUUUGACAUCAGAAAUAUCUAGGGACCCUAACCCACCUCAGUCCAAAUCUUGGUUCGCUUCUUUUGCUGCUCGUAUACACAGAUCUAUAGUACCUACCUGUAUCAUAGACUAGAUAUCGAAUAUCUC